CCGCGCUCUGCCCGGAGCCGCUCUCCGGCCCUCGCCCAGCCCGCUGCCGCCGCCGCCGCCGUCGGAGUCGCCAUGCAGCCCCCGCGCGCCCCGUUCCUCCCGCCGCCGACGCCGCUGCUGCUGCUGCUGCUGGUGCUGCUCGCCGCGCCCGCCUCGGCGCAGCCGGCCCGGGCCGGACGCUCGGCGCCGGGCGCCGCCGGGUGUCCCGAGCGCUGCGACCCCGCGCGCUGCGCCCCACCGCCGGGAUCCUGCGAGGGCGGCCGCGUCCGCGACGCGUGUGGCUGCUGCGAGGUGUGCGGCGCGCCCGAGGGGGCCGAGUGCGGCCUGCAAGAGGGCCCCUGCGGCGAGGGGCUGCAGUGCGUGGUGCCCUUCGGGGUGCCCGCCUCGGCCACGGUGCGGCGGCGAGCGCAAUCUGGCCUCUGCGUGUGCGCCAGCAACGAGCCGGUGUGCGGCAGCGACGCCAAAACCUACACCAACCUGUGCCAGCUGCGCGCCGCCAGCCGUCGCUCCGAGCGGCUGCAUCAGCCGCCGGUCAUCGUCCUGCAGCGCGGCGCCUGCGGCCAAGAGGUACCUCUGAGGACCGGAGCCUGGCUUCAUUCAGUUGAAGCCUUGCCCACAAGCAGGUCACCUGAAGUCACUGUUCAGCGCGGUGCACUGGCCGCCGGCUCUGGCACAGAGGCUCGGCCGGAGCGUUCCUUUAGCCGGAGUGGCCGUGGGAGGUCUUUUGGAGGAGGCCCUGCCAUUGGAUUGGCAGCCUGGAGUUGGAGCGAGCCACGUGAGGACGUGGGGAAGGAGCUCCCUGGGCAGGAGCGGCUCUACCAGUCCUGGGAUCACAAGGAAGGUCAGGAAGAUCCCAACAGUCUGCGCCAUAAAUACAACUUUAUUGCCGAUGUCGUGGAGAAGAUAGCUCCUGCCGUGGUUCACAUCGAACUGUUUCGCAAGCUUCCUUUUUCUAAGAGGGAAGUGCCGGUGGCCAGUGGGUCUGGAUUCAUCGUGUCCGAAGAUGGACUGAUUGUGACAAACGCCCAUGUGGUGACCAACAAGCAUCGGGUCAAAGUCGAGCUUAAGAAUGGUGCCACCUACGAGGCCAAAAUCAAAGACGUGGACGAGAAGGCGGACAUUGCCCUUAUCAAAAUCGACCACCAGGGAAAGCUGCCCGUGCUACUGCUUGGCCGCUCCUCAGAGCUGCGGCCGGGAGAGUUCGUGGUCGCCAUUGGAAGCCCGUUUUCCCUUCAAAACACGGUCACCACGGGGAUCGUCAGCACCACCCAGCGUGGUGGCAAAGAACUGGGGCUCCGGAACUCGGACAUGGACUACAUCCAGACAGACGCCAUCAUCAAUUAUGGAAACUCCGGAGGCCCAUUAGUAAACCUGGAUGGUGAAGUGAUUGGAAUUAACACACUGAAAGUGACAGCUGGAAUCUCCUUUGCAAUUCCAUCUGAUAAGAUUAAAAAGUUCCUAACGGAAUCCCAUGACCGACAAGCCAAAGGCAAAGCCAUCACCAAGAAGAAGUAUAUCGGCAUCCGAAUGAUGUCACUCACACCCAGCAAAGCCAAAGAGUUGAAGGAUCGCCACCGAGACUUCCCCGAUGUGCUUUCAGGAGCGUAUAUCAUUGAAGUAAUUCCUGAUACCCCCGCAGAAGCCGGGGGGCUCAAGGAAAACGACGUCAUCAUCAGCAUCAACGGACAGUCGGUGGUCUCCGCCAACGACGUCAGCGACGUCAUUAAGAAGGAAAGCACCCUGAAUAUGGUUGUCCGCCGGGGCAACGAAGACAUUAUGAUCACCGUGAUUCCCGAAGAAAUUGACCCCUAGGCAGAGGCAUGAGCUGGACUCCAUGUUUCCCUCAGAGAACUCUCCCAUGGACGAUGCUCGGUGACUCUGGGGCUGGUGGCACCGGAUGCCCAAGACUUGACUGCCAUGUUGCUUGUUCCGCAGAAACACUGGCCCGCAGAACCCUUCUUGAUAGUUCGCAGGCAAAAGCCAAUGUAAAACGUUGUAGACCCGCAGGCAGAAGCUCCCCCUUCUGUAUCCUAUGUACGCAGUGUGCUUUUUCUUGCCAGCUUGGACCGUCCCUACUCGGACAGUCAGCAUUUGUCUUCUCCUUUAACCGAGUCACCAUCUUAGUCCAGCUAAGGCUGUUGCUGUAACGCAUAGAUAAGAGGAAGGUCCUAUGGGAGCCAGGAUGGUACUGGGCGUGUUUAUGCUUUCUUCCGAGUCAGCACCCAGAGGAGGGAGAUGCCGAGACAACGAGAGGGUGAGCGCUGGCUUCCGGAAUGGCCACAGUUGCCUCUUUUAGGAAUCUCUUCAGAACUGGGAGCACAGUGACUUGAGUUAUUAAAAUACUUGUUCAUA